AUCUUUGGAUCUCUAUGUACGAAUCUGAACUCAAUCUAUUGAUGGGCGAGCUCAAUAUGGACGACAUGCCUCUGCCGACGCUCUUCGAGCAAGCUCGGAAGGUCCAUUUCACGGCGACGGAGUCCGGCGAUGGCGUUGAUCAGGAGGAGGUGAAGAAAGCGUGCAGGGCUUUGGAGAAGUGCGAUGAAAUGAUAAGCAAGCUUGGAUUGUUUUCUACUAAUGAGACCAAGGAGGAUAUCAGCACUACUAAUCUCAAAUAUAUUAUGGUGCCUUAUUAUCUCGGUGAGUUGACUGAGAAGGUUGCACAUGAUGAUAGGAUACAGAUUGUUAAGGCAGCUCAGGCUAAGUUAAAGGAGUUUGUGUCGUUUUGUGAGGCAAUGGAGCUUGUUCCGGAAGAAGAGUUGGAAGCAUCUAGACAAGAUGGUCCUAAGUCCAAUUCCAUGGCGGACCGGAGGGCUCAGAAGAUAGCUCGGUUCAAACGUCAAAGAGCGGCAGAAUCGAAGUUGCUGGAAAUUAAGGAGCGGAAAGAGAGGAGAGGGCGUUCAACUAGAGCAUCUGCCUUAUCAACACCUCUUGAGGCAGGAGAUGAAGAUGCGCUGGAUGAUGAUGGGGAAGAGGAACGGGAGGCCUGGUUUACUUCUAUAUCUUUGGCACUGUGUAAGGCUUUUGAUCUAUUGGAAAUGCUAAAGAAGGAGGAAGAGAUGUUGCUAGCUUUUAAGGAAAGGCAAUCAAAGGAGGGGGAUAAGGAGUUUUAUCAAGAAGUUCUUGAUGAUCGUGCCCAAAGGGCUGAAGCUUGGCACCGUAAUGCUGCAUCUCGAGUGCAGUAUACUAAACCAGCGCAGCCUAUUACAUGCGCAACUUUUGCACAAGAUGUUCUAGAAGGCAGAGCAAGUGUGUCACAGAUGCACGAGCACAAACACCAGCCACUUAUCUUUGGACCUGCAAGUCUUAUUGGUGGAAGCAUAACAAGUGAGAGGGAAAGGAUGGCAGCUCAGGUUUUCCAGCCUAGUCACAGGAUGCCCACCAUGAGCAUCGAGGAAGCUGGGCUGAAGGAGAUGGAGAUAAUGAACAAAUGGCAAGAGAGGAAUGUUAAGCUCAUGGAAGAAGCAAAUUCUUCAUGGUACAAUGACAGUGGGAAACUGCCAGGACCACCCCAGGAAGAUGAUGAAGAUGAUGAUGCUGCACAAGACAAGGCAAGGGCAUGGGAUGACUGGAAAGAUGAUAAUCCUCGGGGUGCUGGCAAUAAGAAGCUCACCCCUUGUGGAUGAAAUUCGGAAACUUUGUUUGUUGGUUUGAUAUAAUUUCAGCAUAGUUGUCUUUCAUCAUUGACAGGCAAUGUUUGUCAAGUUCAUGUUAGUGUUUAUAUGAAUGGCUAGCUUAAUACAUAGCCAGGUUGUUAU